AUGACAAUGGGAACAUGUAACAAGUGCCACAAGGUAUUACUUCUGCAAUGUUGGCCACACCCCAGUUUCUUUCUUGUUGUUUGUUACUUCGUGUUGGGUGGAAGAGGGAGAAGGCAGAGUGAAGGUGUAAGGUUUCCGAGUCUUUUUUUUUUUUUUUUGGCGUUAGGGUGGAGAAAUCACUCAAUGGGAAGAGCAAAUCAUGCGUUUUCGGCUUCGCGAAAUGAAAGUACGGAAAACUCCAAAUCCGUUCCUUCGCAACCGGAGCAAGAAGCCGUUUCCCCGCCGCCCCCGCCACCAGCGGGUGACUUGGAUAUCAGUCCUGAAAUUGUGACGUUGGCAUUUGUAUUAAACUCCGUCUUCUUGGCGGUUUCUUUGGGCACAGCAUGGUUUCUCAGGGAGCAAUACGCCGCCGGACCCAAUGGGGAAAAUGUUAAGGAAGCAUUUAAACUUUGGAAGACAACCCGUUGGGUGGGUAGCGUGAGAACUAGCAUGAGGAGUGACGCCAUUGCCUGCACCCCGGUGCGGCAGCGUUUGUUGGUGUUGCAAAUACUUGCUGUUUCGGCUUUAUUUAUUUCCCUUAUUACACUUGUGGCGGCCGUUGUAAGGCGGUAUUUCCUACAGGGGAAUUCUGGUAUUCGACUUGCACUGAUUUAUUGUGUUGCCAUUUGUUUUAUUAUAUUGACAGUGGAAUCGGCAAUUGGGAUUAACGUGUAUACAUUCAGUUUUGUUGCAUGUGGCGAAGGGUCAAGUUAUCAUUCUCAUGCGUUUGAAUUGAGUGUGGGAUUUGCCCUCACCAUUGCAGCCUGGGCAAUUACUGCCUUUGCGGGUAUUGUAGUAUACAACAAGGUGCCUUUUCCGAGAGACGAACGCAUUGUUGCCUAUGGCAUCCAGGCAUUUGAUAUGCUUGCCUUUAUUGCUUUUUUGUUUAGUACGGUGGCAUGUGCCAUUCCUUUGUGGUUUUACAAGGACAGCGCCAGGCGGAUAUUGACAGAAGUCUUUUUGUGGAAGGAACGUUACAGCAUCUUGUGGGCAACCAAUGCGUCCUCCAAUUCCACUUCUGUGAAGAAACUUGGGUGUGACUCCUUGUCUCACUAUUUUUUGGCAGCCGAAUCUUUUGGUAUUGUAAGUGUCUUGCUGAACGGUACCACCUUUGUGAUUGGAUUUUUACUUGUCAAGGGCCUCGUUGGGGUGACGAAGUAUGCAUUGAUGCUCGGUUACAUCUCAACGAUGGUGGCUUUUCUCCAGUGGAUCCUGUUGAUUUGUAUUUACUACGGCGAUUGGUGUUCCGGUCGUGUUGCCUACCAUCGGAAGAAGUAUGUGAUGGCAGCUGGCUUUGCUCUCAGUGUGACCGCCGGUGUUCUCAUGGCUGUUGGGACGUCGCUCUGA